AUCCACAUGGGAGGAAACUCUUUCUGUCUCUUCUCAUUCUUUCUAUCUGUCUGUGUCGUCUGCUCAGUGACUUUUAUUCCCACAUGCUCACACGCACAAAAUAGCAUUUCCCCCCCGAAAUGACCAACAAGGAAAAGCAACAGGUGAAUCAGUAAAUAUAAAGGAAGCACUCAACGAGUUGCGUAUAAGGGUUUCCAGGUUUUUUUUUUUUUUUGUUGUUUUGUUUUUUUAGUUCAGAGAUGCAUGAAGAUUGGUAAAAAGAAGGGGGACAAUUUUCUCUGGCAUCGUUGCCUCAGUCUUGCGGGUGAGCCACCUGCAGUCACUCGCGGAGCACACCCAGUUGAGUUGGAGGAGCAGCUUGUCAGUGGGAGGUAACCUGAUGCCCCUCAUCAAUUCACUGUUUGUCUGUGUUUUAUUUGAAUAUAUAAAACGCAGAGCGCUCGUGGCACUAUGAAAUGGACCGAUGGAUGCAGCCUGCCUGCGCGUAAUGGAACCGGCUAACUGAAGGAGCUCAAAGCACUCCGCAGUCCAGAGAAGGAGAGGAUAGUUGGACAAUCGGCGUCUUGUGGAAAUACACCCCUAAAAAUAAAUAUAUUCUGCCACAUCAAAAGGAGGCUUCAUGAGGAAAAUUCACGGAGCGAAGGGGGAGUGCAGGAGACAUGAAUGCUUUCAGUGAACUGUGAUUCCCCUGCAGACUGGGUGCGGAAAACGUGCAGCCUUUUUUUUAUUUUUUCCCCAGCUCUUUCAGACUUAAAAGCUGCAGCCAGAGGCUACAAAUGAAGAAACCUCCCAGGAUUUCUACUUGCUUCAUUCCUUAUUACAGCAUUUCUUUUUAAAUAAGAAGGGCAACGCAACUUGAAGAGAGAAAUUGCCCUCUUAUAUACAUCAAACUUCUUCGCUUAAUCUGUAGGAUAACACACACCCGUAAUACUGCGGGACUGCUUUCAUUGACAAGGGAAUCAGAUAUACAUCCCCCCACCCGGAGAAAAAAAAAAAGAAAGAAAUCUGUGUUAGCUCAUGCGCUGGAAAUUCAAUCAGGCUUGAUUAAUAAAUAUUCUUAUAGAGACUUCAUAAAAAGUUGCAUUUGAAACGCAAGCCAGCGGGACGCUAAAACAACCCCACCUCUCCCUCUGUAAGGGGAAGAAGCUCUGCCUUAGUGUCUAAAUGACGAGAUUUCCAGGAUAUAGCUUUGAUGUGCCUGCACAUUGACCACCACGAGCUGAUGGGUUUGGAAAGGUCAGUUUUUUUAAGCUCAGAGAGAAGACAACAGAUCUAACACGUUCCGAUUCAUUUGACUCGUCAUUUUCUUUUUAAAUCUGGGAGAACAUUGCCUUGUCGUCAAGGAGAAUAGUUUCAACAUAUUGCACUUGUCGGUUACCUCGGCUGCGAUAUGCGUCUUGGAAGAAGAGGAAAUAUCCAUUUGCUUUGCGGGGUAUCAUCACUGUGAGACUUUAGCAGCACGCCGUCCGGACUAAUGUGUGGAUUACAUACCACUUGUUUUAAAAGUAGGGACACGAUGUCUCUGACAAGAAGGCGACACCACGGAUUUUUGUAAACGCGCCUGAGAUUUGCGGAAUGUUUCUAUGCAGUUAUUUUUUUGGGAGGGUGAGAGAGAGGAAGAGGGACCUUUAAACGACUAAAGCAAGACAGAUCCUCCACACCUCUUCGUGAAAAAGCAAGGAUGUUGGACUGGAAGCUAACAUGAAAAUGACCUGAACUCAUUGGACAUGUUAUUGAACUGGCAGUUGGCCCAAAUCCAUAUGAAAAAGAGUGGAAGACCAGUCAAUGAAUUAUGAAUGUUCAACAAGAUGACCUCCUCUCAGCAGCAGCAGACGAUGCGGGGUCCUAGGUGGAACCGGGCCUUGUCCGACCCUUUAUUUGUGCUGCUUCUAGCCCUCCAGCUGCUGGUGGUGGCAGGACUGGUGCGUGCUCAAACUUGUCCUUCUGUUUGCUCUUGUAGUAACCAGUUUAGCAAAGUUAUUUGCACCCGCAGAAGCUUGCGAGAGGUUCCUGAUGGCAUCUCUACCAACACACGCUAUUUGAAUCUUCAAGAAAAUCUCAUACAAGUCAUUAAGGUGGACAGCUUUAAACACCUAAGACAUUUGGAGAUUCUGCAACUGAGCAAAAACCACAUACGUAAAAUUGAGCUAGGGGCUUUUAAUGGACUGGCAAGCCUCAAUACCUUGGAGCUUUUUGAUAAUAGACUCACCACCAUCCCAAACGGGGCAUUUGAAUACCUGUCGAAACUAAAGGAGCUUUGGCUUAGAAAUAACCCAAUAGAAAGCAUUCCCUCUUAUGCUUUCAACAGGGUUCCCUCAUUACGAAGAUUGGACCUAGGGGAGCUCAAACGGCUGUCAUACAUAUCAGAGGGAGCCUUUGAAGGAUUGAGCAAUCUGCGCUACUUAAAUUUGGGAAUGUGCAAUCUUAAGGAAAUUCCCAAUCUCACUCCCUUGGUAAAGCUGGAUGAACUUGAGAUGUCUGGAAACCAGCUAUCUGUUAUUCGUCCUGGAUCCUUUAAAGGGCUUAUCCACUUGCAAAAGCUGUGGAUGAUGCAUGCUCAAAUUCAGACAAUAGAACGGAACUCCUUUGAUGACCUUCAAUCACUUGUGGAGCUUAACCUUGCCCACAACAACCUUACGCUUUUGCCCCAUGAUCUCUUUACACCUUUACAUCACUUGGAGAGGGUUCACUUGCAUCACAACCCAUGGAACUGCAACUGUGACAUCCUCUGGCUAAGUUGGUGGCUUAAGGAGAUGGUACCAGCAAACACCAGCUGCUGUGCCCGCUGUAGCUCACCCACCCAGUAUAAGGGCCGAUACAUUGGUGAACUGGACCAGAAUUACUUUCACUGUUAUGCUCCCGUUAUUGUGGAGCCUCCAGCAGACUUAAAUGUAACAGAGGGAAGUGCUGCAGAGUUAAAAUGUAGAGCCAGCUCAUUGACCUCUGUUAGCUGGAUUACACCCAAUGGUUCAAUAAUGACACAUGGUGCAUACAAAGUCAGAAUAUCUGUGCUAAAUGAUGGUACACUGAAUUUUACUAAUGUUACCAUGCAGGACACAGGGACAUACAUAUGUAUGGUUAGUAAUUCUGCAGGUAACACAACAGCCUCAGCCACACUGAAUGUGUCCUCUACAGAGAACAGUAGCUUCAGCUACUUUACCACAGUGACUGUGGAGACAAUAGAAACACCUCAUAAUGAAGGAUUCACCACCACUAUUCAACAGAAAGUGGGUCCCACACCCUCAGCUGGAAUAUGGGAAACUCUUUCACCCACCUCAACAACAACCACAACAGUUCGAACCCCGCUCUCCACACGUGCACCAGAAAAGACCUACACAAUUCCUGUGACAGAGGGCUCACUCAAUGGUUUGGAUGAAGUUAUGAAGACAACUAAAAUCAUCAUUGGCUGCUUUGUCGCAAUCACUCUUAUGGCAGCCAUCAUGCUGAUCAUCUUCUACAAGAUGCGCAAGCAGCACCACCAGCAGAAUCACCAUGCACCCACACGCACUAUUGAGAUCAUCAAUGUAGAUGAGGACUGCGUCACAGGGGGCCCAGGGAUGGAGGGCCAUCUAACUUUGCCGUCUCUGGAGCAUGAGCAGCUCAACCACUACAAUACCUACAAGAUUACCUACAACCAUGCCUCUGCUAUGAAUUCCAUACACAGCUCAGCGCACGAACCUUUGUUAAUCCGGGCCACAUCAAAAGACAAUGUACAAGAGACCCAAAUCUAAGACUUUUGACAAACUCAUAAAACUGUUGGAAUUACACAGUGGCAUUACUGACAGGACAGUACUGAUAAUAGGUUUAGAGGACUGUCGCUCAAGCAUGGAGGAAGACACUCAAGUUUAGCAAAUCCAUGGACAGAGAUUUUCAUUCAACGACUGGGAUUUAAAAUAUGUCUACUGUUUCAAAAAGUGUCUUUACAAAACAAAAGUUAUUUAUUUAAUAAAAAAUUAUUGUGGUUGAAUCAAGAAAAAAAUAUUCAGCAAUUUUCCCAUCUAUUAAUAUGUGUUUUUUUUCCUCCUCCCAUAAGAAAAAUGGUUUACAAAUAUGCUUAAGCUAUUUUAGAAGACAUCAGUUGAGAGAAAAAAAACAUUAUUUUGUAGCUGGUAUUUUAGUACAAUUACAGAAUUUGGAUCUGAGAGGGUAACUUCAUACUCUACACCUAUGAAGAAAACCUAGAGCACAUGAUGGGUUUUCUCCAGCAGUGGACGAAAUUAUUGAAUUGUUUGUGGCCAUCUGAGAUACAGUCAUAUGAAACACAUGGACAGAACGAAAGAGCCAGUAAUGAAGUCUGACCUUAACUUAAUGUUUAAUUAGAACUGUCACAUACAUUAGGCAUUAUUCACACUUUCAUUAAGACACUAAAGAUCCUGGAAAAGAGAACAUAAAUACUGCUUAUGAAAGCUUUUUAAAAGAAAGUUCAUUACAAUUGAUUUUAUUUUCUCUUAAAUUAAAAUUCAUCGAUCUAGGUCUUUCUGAAGGUCUUUCUGUCUCUAAUGUGUAUGCAAUAUACAAUUAUAUUUCUAAUCUCUAAAUUGUCUUGACUGAAAUUCAUGUCUACUUCGGGGGAUCCUUUUAUUGUUAUAAAACAUAUACCAUUGAUUGUAUUAAGAAUUACUGGGGUUCUGAAAGUCAUAGCAGCAUUAAUAAAUACUUUAGAAACAUCAUUGUAAUUGAACAGGAUGAGAACAGUGUCAGUGUCAAAUAUCAAUCCUGGAAAAACUCCCCUGCUUGAAAUGCAUUCUGACCUCACAUAUACCUUGUAAUGCUGUGCUCUGGUGCAUAUUAAGGUGAUUGCUUUGAAGGAUUUUUUUGCAUACAGGGACCUGUUACCUUUUCUGCAGUACUGCCAGGAGUGCUGUCAGAACCAAAGUGGCGAGCUGAAGAAAAAGCUUAAACCCAUUUUAAACCUGUCUGACCACAUUGCUUGUCAUCUAUGUGCCACAUUUCCACAUUGAGAUGCUUGGAAGCCUCAGCUUCACACCCUGCCCCUGCCAGCCAAAGGACUUGGCCCUGACUGGCAAAGCUUAUGCUACAAGAGGCUUUACGGUCAUGCAGAAUGUGUGGGAUCAGGCAUCAACCAGAUGUUUCAGUUGCACCUGCUUCUCUCCCUUUCCGUUCAUGGCAACAAAAUUUGCAUUUUAAUUGAUGUGCCCAUGGGCUUUGUAUGGGCACAGAACUGUAAGCACUCAUAUCCCGGAAGCCAUUUUGAAGUCCCCACAGUGAAAAAUUGUACCAAGCCCCAUAAAUGCAGUGGUCAAAGGUUUACUUUUAGCAAGUAAACAGUGUUUCUUCUCAAAUGCAAGAUAUAUUUGGUUAAGGCAUCACACUUUUUCAUCACAUUAAGGUAAAGAGACCUCUAAACGUUCACAGGACAUUUCCUUAAUUUGAAAUGUGGAACCUUAGAUGUUUGGAAUAUUUAACCAUAUUCCUCUUGGGUAUUCAUGAAUUAAAUGCUUCCAUCAACUUUGAGUUUUGCUAAAAGAAGAAUAAGAGUGUACAAAAAAAUCGAAGAGUUGUCAAUCAAUGCAACAUUAGCUUUGGUAAAAAUCCCUGCUGUCUAUGUAAAAGUUGCAUGAAUAGCUAAUGAUCAUAAGAUUCAGCCUAAAAAAAUUAAAGUUGUGGAUAUUGUUUAUUGGUCUGUAGAUUUUGAGGCUCCAACCCUCUGAUUUUGUCUAACCCGCAUACAAAUUGGUAAUAUUCCCAAAUAUGUUGUAUACCACUAGCUAAAACAACUACUAGGAACACAAACAAUCUUAAAUAAAUCCUUUUAUGAUUUUGCCUAACUCAAAGACAAAAAAUACCCUCAAGGUUUAAUGGACUUCUCAUGUACCCACUUAUCCUUGCAGGGCCAAUGGGGGGUGGUUCAUUUCUCCAGUAGUUAUCAGUUGAGAGUUGAGACACACCCUGGACCAGUUGCCAGUCUAUCACAGGGCACCGAGACACAUAGGAGAAACAACCAUGCAAGCACAAACCAUUUUAGAGAGACAAAUUAACCUCAAAGUCAUUUACUUGGACUGUGGGAGAAAAAGUCAGGGUACCUGGAGAGAACACACUCACCAAGGGGAGAACGUUCAAAUUAUAUAGAGAAAAGACCCACAUCAGGAAUCAAACCCAAGACCUUUUUGCUAGUAGACAACAGUGCUACCAACUGCACCUUUGCAGCAUGCGAGUCAUAAGCCACUUUUACACCAGUUUGCUUUGACCAGGCUCUUCUCAGCUCCACCCACUACAUCGACAGUUUUUUUUGGGCCAGUCUGGAUUUUUCCGACACUGCUAAGGAGUAGGUUUAAACUGAGUGGCCUCAAGCGAAGUUUUGACGUGAACACACUGCGUUUCAGUGAUUGGCCAAGGACAAGGAGAAACAAGAAGGUUUUUCGAAGCAGGAACAAUAAAAAGUAAAACUGAAGAGCAACAACAUUAAUAUUAAGGACCUAGGAACGAAGUGUGUAAAACCAAAAUAUAA